AUGGAGCCGGGACCGGGAUCGGGAUCGGGAUCGGGACCGGGAUCGGAUCCCAGGCGCUGGGGCCCGGUCUGCUGCGUCCUGACCGGCGCAUCCCGAGGCUUCGGCCGCAGCCUGGCUCGGCUGCUGGCUCCGCGGCUGGGCUCGGGCUCGGUGCUGCUGCUGCUGGCCCGUUCGGCCGCUCCGCUGGCCGCGCUGGAGGCCGAGCUGCGGGGCAGCUCCCCGGGGCUGCGGGUGCGCUGCGUGGCCGCCGACCUGGGCUGCGAGCAGGGCUUAAGGCAGGCGGAGGCUGCGAUGCGGGAGGUGCUGCCCUCGGUGCCCACCGGCCGCCUGCUCCUCAUCCACAACGCUGGCUCCCUGGGAGACAUCUCCAAAUCCUUCCUGGAUCUCACUGACCCGGAUGAGAUCAACAACUACUUUGCCUUCAACGUCACCUCGCCGCUUUUCCUCACCUCCCAUGCCCUGCAAGCCUUUGGGAAGAGACCUGGCUCCAACAGGACCGUGGUGAACAUCUCCUCACUCUGUGCCCUGAAGCCCUUCAAGAGCUGGGCCCUGUACUGCAGUGGGAAGGCUUCCCGGGACAUGAUGUUCCAAGUGCUGGCACUGGAGGAGCCGGAUAUCCGUGUGCUCAACUAUGCCCCAGGUCCCCUGGACACAGACAUGCAGCUCUUGGCCCGGACUGAGACUGGAGACCCUGAGAUGCGGCAGCAUUUCCAAAGCCUGCAGGAGAGUGGGCAGCUGAUAGACUGCACCGUGUCAGCCCAGAAGCUGGUGACUCUCCUGGAGGAGGACACCUUCCCCUCUGGUGCCCAUGUGGAUUUCUAUGACAUCUGAGCUCCUCUCACUUCUGCCACUGCCUUCCUGCUUUGCUCUCUGCUGAGCCUUAUGUUUGGUCAUAGAAUCACAGUGUUUUGUCCCUGCAUCCCUUGUCCCAAGCCCCUCUCCAGCUUUCCUGCAGCCCCUUUAGGCACU